UAUAAGUUUAACCCUACAUCAAACUAUAGUUUAACCCUCUACUAUAUUGCCGUAACCUGUUGGAAGCAAGCUGGAAAACGAUGUGCAGAAAUACUACUAAAUCACAUAAUCGCUGGAGAUGGUGUAUGCGGGACCAUCCUCUUCCUUACUAUUUCGAAGCAAUCAAAAAGUUGAAUGCGGCUGGUUGUCCAUUUGAUGUAGGACAAUUUAGAAGUUGUAUUUUAGAAGAAAGGAUGAGAUUUUUUGGAACUCAUAACAAUGAGGAUGUGGAGCCUAGUUUAAAAUCUGAAGCUUGUAAAGAUGAGGAGGUGGUCGAGCCUAGUUUAAAAUCUGAAGCUUGCAAAGAUGAGGAAGUGGUCGACACUAGUUUAAAAUUUUCAAGCUCCGAUGCUAAACAUAUCCCGGCUACAAUGCCGCCACAACGACAAUUUAUUCGACGAUAUGGGAGAGCUGCAUCGGCAACAAAGCUUAUAAGGUUCCUUCAUAUCUGAAAAUGAUAUGAAGAGCCAAAUCUAGAAGGAGAUGGUGAAAGAAUUCUUCCAUUCCAGCAAAUAAUGGAUGUGUUUGGUUUAUUUACGAAAGAUUUACUAGCUACUUCUCACUAUUGAAGCAUUAAGUUUAUUAGAUUUUUUAAAAAAAAUUAAGUCUGUUGAAGUUGAUGUUUAGCGAUUUUAAAAGGGAUAUUGGCAAAAUGGAUUCCAACGUUUCACCUAUUUAGUGAUUUAAUCGCAAUAUUUAAAA